AUGGGAAAUGCUGGGACUAACAUCUCAGACACCCCCAGCUUCAUGUUAACCGGCUUCCCAGAGAUGGGGGCUCUGGAACCCUUGCUGACAGCCGUACUCCUGCUGCUCGGUGCUGGCUCUGUCCUGGGAAACACUCUCAUUCUGUUCAUCGUGAAGGAGGAGCAGAGCUUGCACCAGCCAAUGUACUAUUUCCUCUCCCUGCUGGCUGUCAAUGACCUGGGUGUGUCCUUCUCUACCUUGCCCACUGUGCUCGCUGCCCUGUGCUUUCAUGCUGCGGAGGCUGCAUUUGAUGCCUGCCUGGCUCAAAUGUUCUUCAUCCACUUGUUCUCCUGGACAGAGUCUGGGAUCCUUCUCGCCAUGAGUUUUGACAGAUAUGUUGCUAUCUGUAACCCUUUGCGCUAUUCGACAGUGCUCACCGAUGCCUGUGUUGCUUACAUGGGUCUGUUCAUCAUCACUCGAAGCUUCUGUAUGGUUUUCCCACUGCCAUUUCUCCUGAAGAGGCUGCCUUUCUGUAAGGCCAACCUGCUGACCCAUGCCUACUGCCUACAUCCAGACUUGAUCCGCCUGCCUUGUGGAGAUACCACAAUCAACAGCUUGUAUGGCCUGGUCAUUGUCAUCUCUGCCUUUGGAGUCGACUCUGUGCUCAUCCUUCUCUCCUAUGUGCUCAUACUGCGCUCUGUGCUGGCCAUCGCUUCCCGGGAGGAGAGGCUUAAAACCCUCAACACAUGUGUGUCACACAUCUGUGCUGUGCUCAUCUUCUACAUGCCCAUGAUUAGUGUGUCUAUGGUACACAGGUUUGGAAAGCAUGCCCCUGAAUAUGUACACAAGUUCAUGUCCUUGGUCUACCUCUUUGUUCCUCCAAUGUUGAACCCAAUUAUCUAUUCCGUCAAGACUAAAGAGAUCCGCAGGAGGCUGCAUAAGAUAUUAUUAGGAACCAAACUCUGA